AUGGAGACCUCGGAAGGUCAAGGUGCUUAUAACAACUCUGGGAACUACAAAAAUAAUUAUGGUGGUGCGAACCAAGGGAGCUACAACAACAGUAACAAUUUUGGGAACAAGAGUUUCAAUCCUUAUAUACCACCGAAAGGGCAGUUAACAGAGCAAUGUAGUUCGAAGGUUGAAGCAAUGCUUGAGAAGAUUCUGGCAAAUCAGUCUAAGUCUGGAGAACUUUAUCUGGGGGCGACAGAGAAAAGGGGAGGCCUUCCGAGUGACGUUAUUCCAAAUCCAAAGAAUGGGGGAGGCAGUGUAGACCGUGUGUUUUCCAUCACUACUAGGAGUGGUAAAACACUCCGAGGGGCUGAUGAGAAGGUGAUUGAUCCUGAGCCAAUAGAUGAAGAUGAUGAGGUGCAGUCUGAAGCACCCAUUAUUGUUGAUGAGAAUGCUACUGGCAAGAAUGUUGCUGAUAUUCCGGAGCUUGCGAAAGCAGCUGAGAACAUGAGCAAGCAGCCUGUGAAAGGGGCUCUCCGCCCUUUGACUCAGCUUUUCAAAUCUACACCACCCUUUCCUCAGAGGUUGGUCAAGAAGAAGGAAGAUGCUAAGUUCGAGAAGUUUUAUGAUCAACUGAAGCAGUUAUCUCUAAAUUUUCCUUUCUUGGAUGCUGUCAAGGAAAUGCCUGGUUAUGCUAAAUAUUUGAAGGACUUGCUGAUCAAGAAGAAAAUGGUUCAACAUGAAACCGUAAGUUUGACUCACACUGUGAGUUCCAUCAUCUCAACUACAACUGUUCAGAAGAAGGGAGAUCCUGGGGCGUUCACCAUUCCUUGUUUGGGGAUGCUAAGGCUGACUACUAUGAGGUUACAAAUGACUGAUAGGUCUAUCAAGAGACCUGUUGGGGUGGUUGAUGAUGUACUUGUGCGGGUUGGUGAUUUUAUGUUGCCCGUUGAUUUUGUAAUUCUUGAUUGUGCUGUUGAUAGGGACAUUCCUAUUAUUCUGGGGAGACCUUUCCUUACUACAGGGAGAGCUCUGAUGGACUCAAAAAAAAAAUGA